GAAGGUAAGGGUUGUUGUUACCGUAUGUACAUGGCUCCACAUGUAGAAACGCUGGUCGUGUAACCUUGGUUGAUCAGAUUCUUCGCUUGAAACAGCUCAAAAGAGGAAAAUGCAGGCUGCUUUAGAUAUCACAGCAAAGUACUGUCAUAAAGAAAUGGAGGCUUAUGGAUCAUGUGUGACCUCCAACCCAUCAACAUGGCAGCAAAACUGCCAUGAACUGAAGAUGAAGGUUGCACAAUGUACAUCAUCACACCCAGUGAUCCAGAAGAUCAGACAGGACUGUUCGAAGGAGUUUGUGGAGUUUGAGCGCUGCCUGAGAGAAAACCAGGGCACGGCUACCUCUUGCUCACCACAUGUGGCUCGCUUUCUGGCCUGUGCAGAGACAGUGGACCUCAGUGAAGUGGGUACAAAACUGUUACCUCAGUCAUCAUAGCAAUCUUCCAUCGGCAGAUUGCGCUUGUCUUCAAAGCAUCCCAGGUGGGCUGGUUUCAUUUGUACCCCAGCCAUGAUACUGAUGUACUGUCACUGCUAAAAUAUCUGUUUUUUUUUCAAAUAAUGUGACUAUUUUUCUUGAAAAAUAAGACAUAACACAUUGAUCCUACAUCACUGUGAGCUAGAUGGUUCAUGUAGAAUAUUUAAUUACUGUAUCAGUAUUUUGCUCUUGGUGUACGUGUGCGGAAAGUCACAUUUAUACUUGUCAGUAUGUAAGAAAGUCUUGGUUUGUACUGUUUUUUAUUUCAUUAAAAAUUGGCAGUAGGCUUCUAUUAAUCAUC